CCCAGGGCAGAGUGGGCGGGGCCUCUGCAUGGAGCUCCAGCCUCUGCCCACCCCAGCCCUGCCCCUUGCCAACCACGCCCUGUCCCGCCUUCCCUGGCCCCGCCCAGGCUGAGUGGCCAGCAGCACAGUGUCAUCACCGGUGUGGCCAUCUUGAGGCCACUGUGGUGGAUGCAGCUUCAGGAGCCAAGUUCCAUAUGCCCAGAGGCCCCAGAGGCGGAAGGGGACCCAGAAGCAGAAGUGGAAUUGUCACUGUUCCACGAAGAGACCCAUGUGACAUUCUCGCGGCUAUCGGAGCCACUGCUGUGCGAAUACGUGGAGAGCGGGGAGCCUCUGGACAAGGCUGGCGCCCAUGGGCUUCAGGCGCGAGGUGGUGCCCUAGCAGAGCGCGUGGAAGGAGAUUUCUUCAAUGCCGUGGGGUUUCCACUCAACCGCUGCAUGCGUGAGCUGGCUGCCAUCUUCCCUGAUGUGGGACCACACGUCCCUGUCAGCCAGCGUCCGGCCACACCCCAAUAAUGAGGAUUGUAGAUGGAGAGUGAGUAUAGCAAGGUUCCCUCAAGUGCAUCACUUCCCAGUGCUAGGACACAGGACAUGGGGUGAGGUGUGUGGAGGCAGGGUUAGGGGACAGGCCCACCGAGGGGAGUACACCUAAACCCGCCCCUGUGGCCCUGCCCCUCCUGAUGCCCCGCCCUCACCAUCUCCAUGGGCCCUGCCCUUGCCCCCACUGGGUCCUGCAUGAGCAGCUUCACUAUCAGAUGCCUGUGAUGGACAUUUGACAUCAGGAGCAGGGUCAGGGGAGG